AUGGAACAACAGGGUGAUUCUAUUCCAUCCUCCUCAACAAAUAAAACAAACAGAACAGACAUUAAUUUAAUAACCGAACAUAAUCAUCAUAAGGAAAGUGUUGUUUGCACACCUACAUCUCAUCAGCAAGCAUUCUCACCUCCUCAUCAUAGAGAAAGUAUUUCAGGUGAUUUUGGAUUUUCAUGUCCAUUCUCUUCUGAAAGUAUUUCUGAUCCAAGUUCAACAGGACGACAUUUUUCAAUAGCCUCAUCUAGUGUUUCCUCGUCUUCCUCAUCCUCGAAUAUGGAUGACGACGAAACGACAUCAUUUGCAACAUCACAAUUGGAUUCACUUCUGAGAAAACAUCACCUCCUUGCAGAAAUUCAACAAUCAACACAAACAUUGGAACGAAUUAGUAUGAAUAGAAAGGCAUGUGCCAUUGAUCUAGAAUUUAAGGAUGAACUCAAGAUAAACCGAAAACACUCUGGUAAAUGUUCCUUCAAAUCCAAUCACUCCCCAAAUUCUCCGGAGAGUGAUGGACACGCUAGCCGUUCUCAUGACUUACUAAGAUCAAUUUAUAAUGCACAACUGAGUGCAGCCUUGCAUAUGGAAAAUCCAUCCAAACUCUUCUUAGACUUGCUGAAUGAGGUCAUAUCUCUCAUUCGUUGCCAGUACAGUUUCAUUGGUGAGGUCAAGUACACAGAUGAUGGAAAACCUUUUCUACACUCACAUGCUAUAUCUUUCGCCAGAACGAAAUUAUCUCAAGAAGCACUCGAUCUAUUUCAAAAAUGUACACAAGUAGGCUUUAAGUUCAAUAACAUGAACAGUCUCUUUGGUCAUGUAAUGAUGACAGGGCAACCUUUACUGACUAAUCACCCAAAAACUCAUCCUUUUGCAUCACCUAAUCAUGUUCCUCCAGGACACCCACCCCUCAAUAGUUUUCUUGGACUACCUUUUAUACAUAAUAACAAAAUUGUUGGCAUGAUUGGAUUGGCCAAUAAAGAAGGAGGAUUUCGUGAGGAGGAUAUUUCAUUCUUGGAGCCAAUUUGCACAACCUGUUCCACGAUCAUUGUUUCUUGGCAGUAUUAUUUGGAAAGAGAAGAGGCAAAGGAAAAACUCAAGUUGGCAAAUUUAAAUCUCGAACAAAGGAUCGAGCAAAGAACCGAGGAGCUAUUACGUAGCAAUAUUAAACUUAAAGAGGAAGUGGAACAGAGAAGAAAAGUGGAGCAAGAAUUGUUGGAGCAACGAAAAAUAUCAGAGAAAGUCAUUAUGGAGAAGGAGCAAUUUUUGAGAAAUACAUCACAUGAUCUACGUACUCCACUUGUGUGCGUUUUGGGUCUUUCUGAUUUAUUACUUGGAUCAUCAGUGAAUAUCAGUAAUGAGCAUUAUGAAUAUCUGACCAUGAUUAAGAAUAGUGGAGAGACUAUGCUCUCAUUGAUAAAUGAUUUUCUCGAUUUAAUGAAAUUGGAGCAACAUAUGAAACUCAAUUCAGAAUAUUUUUAUGCUAAUGAACCAAUUGAAGAGGUUAUUGACCUUGUAGUUUUGGAAUGUACAAAAAAGAAACUUGAUCUCAUAGUUGACUACAAACCAGAUUUUCCUUUUAAUAUAAUUCUAAAUAGUGAUAAAGGGAGACUAAAGCAAGUUGUACUCAAUUUAUUGUCUAAUGCUGUGAAAUUUACAGAGGUUGGCUAUAUUUAUAUUGGUGUACAAUUGGUCAAAAUUGAUGCUGAACAAGCCCACUUGGAAAUAGAAGUUUGUGAUACGGGUAUUGGAAUUGAAAAGGAAAAUUUAACAAAAAUUGGCCAACCAUUCCUCCAAUUUAACACCCAGCAUGCACCAAAAGGAACAGGUCUAGGUGUCUCCAUUUCAAAAAUGAUUUCAAACGCGCUCGGGGGAAGCUUGAAGGCAGAAAGUGAAGGAUUAAAUAAGGGAUCAAAAUUCAUCUUUACAUGUAAGACAACUUUCAAGGAAAUUGAGGAACUUUCACUUGAAGAUCGUGCCAACAUGGAAAAGAAUAACUCCAAACAUGUAAACUUUUUUUCAAAGUGGAAGAAUACAAGCUCUCCUCGCAAUACUCAAUAUAUGGUACUGGAUAGGAAUGAUUUAUUUUCACAGAGUUUGAAAAAUUUCUCCAGGGGUUUCAAUGUUGCAACGGGUUACAAUGAAGAGGAGAAUUUCGUAAUAUGCAAUUCAAAACAAUCACUUAUUGAAUCCUUAGAAGGCUCAUUAUCUAAAUUGGACAGUUUGGAUAAGCUAAUAAUAGUGGUGGAUUUAAAUUUAUUGGAAGCUUUACAAUCUUCGAAUGUUGAAAGUAUUUGUCAUGAAUUGAACUUGCCAUUGAAUCACAACAAGAUUCAUAUACUGCCUUCCAUGGUUCAAUUUUCUUGCCUGAAAGAAGGUCCAUAUUUAAGCAAGCCAAUUUUCAAACUUGCCGAUUUUACACAGGCCCUCAAAUCGCACCUAAUUGAAGAGGUCAAACCUAUAGAGAAACGAUCAAUUGUACCUGAGGACGAAUUACUGAGCAUUGCUGGUCACUUUUCUGUUCUCAUUGUGGAUGAUAACAUGAUUAAUUCAAAGGUUCUCUCACACAUGCUAAUCAAACUUGGAUUACAAAAGAUUUCAAUAGCUUCAAGUGGUGAGGAAGCUAUCAAAUAUGUCAAGAAUAGCUGCUUUAACAUUAUCUUUUUAGAUCUUUUCAUGGAUGGACUCGAUGGGUUUGACACGUCUCGAAUCAUUCAUGAAACCUGUAAAGAAAAUGCUCCAAACAUUGUACUCCUCACAGCAAACAUUGUAAAUAAGAAGGAAGAGGAACAACUCUUAAACAAUGGUGUAAAAUACUUCAUGUCAAAGCCAACCAGGUUAAGUGAUAUCAGACAGCUAGUGCUCGAUAUUGUAAGAAGAUGA